CUCUGGGGUUUUGACAGCUUUCAUGACAAGCUAUGCUCCCCAAGUGAACUGACAACAAAAACCCAAGGGUUCUUGUUUUCCUCGUGCACCCAGUUUGUUUUUUGGUUUUUGUCAUCGUUAGCAAAGUUCUCCCCUCUAACUUGACUCCAAUUCAUGCUUUUAUUUAUUUAUUUAAAUCGUCCACACCCCUGGUACACACUUAUGUCUAAUGAAAGAGGCUGUUUGUAGAAAUCAAGUGAGGAAUAAGGCAGAAGAAAAAUUUUCACAUCAAUGUUUCAAACUUUUGUCCUGGAUUGGAAUAGCAAGACCCUGGAAUGGGUGCUUGCUUCGGGCUUUUUAAGAAAAGGCCCAAGAAAAGGAACGUCACACUUCAUAAAUGCGUUUACAUGCGAAACGAGGAUACAAUUGAGCUUCAACUCUUAGUCAAUGCUGAUGCAGAUGAGAUGACAGAAAAUGAAGAUUCCUCAGAUGUGUGGACCAUGUCUGGAAAUUUACCGUUGAACAAUCCCUACGAUAAGUUGUCCAAGGUAAGCUGGGGGAGGAGAAAAUUAGAGAAAAAUUUAAUUACCAAAUCAGAACAAUGUUUACUGGAAAAUCUUCACAAUGAGGAUUUAGAAGGUGCACAGCUUCUUCCACUCGACGCGCACACACUUGCCACUCGGGCUCUUCAGAAGAGGAAAGUCAGUUGUUCAUCAGGCACCCCUCCAAGUUCAAUAGACUUAGAAUGGGAAAACGAAGCUGUAUUCACCCAUACGUACAAAUUCAAAAGCCAAUGUAACUCGGUUGUGGAAGAUGUAUCCUCGAAUUCCGGCUGUGGGGAAGCCAGCCCGUCCGAUUCGCUCGAAUGGGACCCUUGCGACCCAGCGGGCAUGGAUUUGGAAACGGAACAGUUGUUAAAUGAAAUCGAACAAUUGACCAAUAAGGCUUUGAAUGAAACAGGAGAUUGGACAAACACAUAAGCUCACACUCUGGACCAUCUUAACAGGCCAAUUUUUUUAUCAUGUAGAAUCUGUGAUAUUUUACUGUUUUAUUACCAUAUUUCUUAACUUAUUUUUACUAAGAUUUGAAGCAGAGUUGCAGAAGGAAAACUGUUCUUAUUUCUAAUCGUCUGAACUUUCGAAUGGGCCAUAAAUAAAAUUAUUAUUAUAAUCUAAUUGCAUUAAUUAAAUGCAGAUACAGUGCUCUUUCCUUAAUCUGAACUUCGGUACUCUGAACAUUCUAGUAAUCUAAAAUACAAAAAAAUUCAAGAACUCAGAAUUUUAAAGGAAAGAAUAAAAACAUUAAGUGGGGGAGAGAAUGGACAAAUAUAGUUUAAUUUAAAAGCAUCACAAAUUUGGGUCACAAUCUUUCUUAAGCCUAG